UAUUUUUGACAUUUGUUUUGCUUGCGCUUCUGGUAGAAAGGUAUUGUUCGCUUUUUCAAACAGACGAAAACUAAGCAUAUUUUGCAGUAAUUGUAAUGUGAAUAAAUCUCAGUGAAGUGUUACAACAUCAUGGGUCUAAAAACAAUCGAUAUCUUGGUGACGUUGCUCUUGAAUUUAAUACAAUACGGUUGCUCUGAGCACAUCCUGUCCUGCAACGUAACGGCUCUGUAUCCAUGUCCUCAGAACCAGAAGUGUGUUGCAAAAACGAAUCAAUGUGAGUGUCUGGAGGGGUUUGUGCGCGUCGGGGAUGAUUGCGAGACACCGGCUGACGCGUCAGGGUCGCACAGCGGCGUGACGGUAGCUCUAGUAACAAUAUGCACGCUUGCUCUCCUCAUAACAGGGGCUGUGUUGGUAGUUAGGAAGUACAAUUUAGUUGAUUAUGUCCGGCAGAAAAUUGAGGCGAGACGGACACAUGAUGUCAUGUAUGAAGAUGUCAUGAUCGGUAACGACGAUCCUCCUCUCAGCCCCUAGUUGCCUUGCUGUAUGUUAUUUAUUUAUAUUUAUAAUAUAGCUCGUAAUAAUUGUUAUAUUUAAUCAAAGUAUGAUUUGGAAGUGUUUUGAUGACACUAAUUUGGAUUAAGAUAAAAUAAAUAUAAUCUAUUAUUGAUUAUGAUAACUUUUUGUCCCUUUGUUUGUAUGUUCUUAAUAUGAAAACAGACUUUGAAAUAUAAGAACAAUUUGAUGAAUAACUGUUAUUGCAUAUUUUAUUGUUGCUUCAUACAUUUUAGUUUCAUUUUUUUCCUCAUUGAACAAGAAAAAUUAUGUUCUUAAUUUCUAUUUUCAUGGCUGUUGCAAUUUAUUUAUGAAUUCAGACUGCACUAUUAUUUCUAGACACAGUGAUUAUUAAACCAUUGGUUAUAAAAUAAAAAUACUUUCUAGAAAGUUUUAGAAAGUGACAGAUUCAGAGUAA